AUGACCUCGACCACGUGCAAGCCGGAAGGUGAUGGUGUAAUGAGGCACCCACCGAGGCUAUGGCCUACGGAAAGUGUCUACAUGCCCAAGUGGUGUGGUUACCAACGUAUUAAACUCUUAAAUGCCGUAUAUAAAGUCCAAGAUGACGGGGUGAGCGAUAAAGCAUAUCUUUUCAAGUGCAUCCCAAUGUGCGUAAGCAGUCUAAAACAAAUGAAUGGUGUAAUGGAGAUGGAUUCCGACGUGCACAUGCAAAUCCCAGAAGUACUUGUGUCAUGGAAAGUCAAUAAUUUCAGCUUAUUCAAACAACAUGUAGUGGGAUUCAGAGUGACAAAGACAUUUUCAGUGCAAGGUAAGGAUAAUUGCACGUGGGAUAUUCACCUUUAUCCUUUUGGAAGAACUGAGAUUGACAAAAACUACAUAUCCAUAUAUUUUGAAUAUACUGUAAGCAAAACGAGUGACAUUCCCUCACUUUUAAAAUUCAGUUUUAACGACAAAAAUGGGAAAUGUUUGGUAGCGAGUAAAGAAUCCUCUAUUUACUCUACGGAAUUAAAAUACACAUUGGGUUGCAUAUUGUGUGAGCGCAAAAAAAUUUUGGAUCUUCUCAAAGACGAUCUACUUGAUGUAACCUGUUGGAUUCAAUGGAAAACAUGUAUCAGCAAUGGUAAUAGCAUUGGUGCAUUGGAUGAGUUUGACAGAAUGAUUAAAUUAUCGUCUGACUAUAAAAAGCUUCUAAAUGACAGUAGCAGAGGCAGAUUUAGCGAUGUCUUAUUAGUGGCUAAUGAUGGUAUCGAAUUUCCUGUUUACAAGGGAAUACUUGCGUCACGAAGCCCUGUUUUUUCAGCAAUGUUCACCCACGACAUGAAGGAAAACAAAGAGUCUAGAAUCGACAUAGAAGACUUUGAUGGUAAAACACUCAAGGCCAUGCUGGACUUUAUCUACACAGGUAAUUUUGAUGAAGAUGGUUGCGAAAUUUCAAAUCUAUUUGUUGUAGCUGAUAAGUAUGCAAUAGAUAACUUGAAAAAUUGGUGUGAACACAAACUUAUAAAAAGUUUAAAAGUUGAUAAUGCUAUAACUUAUUUGGUACUAUCUGACAAAUGUAAUUCCAUGAACUUAAAGGACGAAUUACUCAAAUUCAUUGUUGUUCAUAUAAAUGAUGUACUUAAAACUAACUCUUUCAAGAAUCUAAAAUUUGUACAACCUCAUCUUUUGGAGGAAAUACUUGAAAAAGUUGUAAAAAGUAUUUAG